AUGACGCACCUACCUCGACUUGCACACGACCGCGAGAGGCAAGCCUACACCAUCCUCAAGUGUCAGGACUUUGGUCACACCAAAGCUUUUGACACGGACCUCCUCGAGAAAACAAGUAUGGAUGUGGACUUUGCUCGCAUUUGGCAUGCGGUUCAAUGGGAUGGUUUUUGCCCAUUGAGGAGAAUGGUUCUCGUCUCCUCACCAUCCAUGUUCUUUGCAUCCUUCGAGAGGUGCAAUGAUAUUCAAAAUCCAACUCUUCGUUUGAUGCACAAGUGGUUGGCCAUCACUCUCUUCCCAAGGGAUGAUGUUAGGCCUGUGCGCAACAAUGAGUUUACAAUCUUAUAUGCCAUGGUCAACAAGAUCAAGGUCUCCCCCGUAAAAUCUAUGGUUAAGCAAUGGCUUAUGAAUUUCAAGAUUACGGGUCCUAUUGAGGGCACUUCUUUGGUUACUCGCAUCGCUUCAAGCAUCGGGAUCUUAGAUGGGAAUGUUAUUCCUUUCAUUGAGGGGAUCGACGAGGCUUAUUUGAUCCAAGGAAAUGAAGAUUCCCCUUCUCACACUGUGUCUGCACAAGAAAUUCAGGAAGUGCGUGCACAAAUGCAACAAUUGAUGCAAGGGAUGCAAGCGCUUCAACGAUCACUACAGCAACAACAUGGGGAGCAUCCACCUCAUGAUGAUGAACACAUUGAGGAUGAUGAUCAACAUGCCGGUGGCGGUGGUGGUGGUCGUGGCCGAGGAUUCGCUGCUGGUUUUGAUAACUUUGCAGGUGGCCGUGACCGAGGAUUUGCUGCUGGUUUUGGUCGUGCACGACGUGUUCCUGUUGGGCAUCCUCCUGAUCUUGAUGCUGAAACAUUUUCAAAUUAUAGUGCUGAACAUGGAGGUGAUCCUUAUGGUCGCCGUGGUGCAUAUGAUGAUCAUGGUGGUGAUAACUUUGGCCGUUUUGGAGCCCGUGGUCGUUAUGGUGAUCACCGUCGACGUCAUCAUGAACGACGUCACAAUGAUGAUGGUUUGGGCAAGGUUAAAGUGUCCAUUCCUCCAUUCAGCGGCAAGGAGAAUGCUGAUGAUUACUUUGAAUGGGAAACCAAAGUGGAGCAACUAUUUGAUUUGUAUGAAUACCCUGCUGAAAAGAAGGCAAAGCUUGCAGCCAUUGAGUUUAAAGGUUAUGCCAUAACUUGGUGGAAUCAGGUCCGUACUGAAUAUCAAAGAGUUGGGCAUGAUCGUAUAACUUGGGAAGACAUGAAGAGGGAAAUGAGACGUCGUUUUGUUCCUGCAUAUUAUUCUCGUGAUCUACAUUUGAAACUGAAACGUCUUGUGCAAGGUACUCGCAGUGUUGAUGAAUAUUUUCAGGAAUUGGAAAUGUGCUUACUUCGUACAGGGAUAACUGAGGAUGAGGAAUCAACAAUGGCUCGGUUUCUGGGGAGCUGCAAUAAUAUUGUUAGUGCUUUGCUUGUUGAGAAGCUUGGUUUGCAGCCACGUCGCCAUCCACAUCCGUACCAUAUGCAAUGGCUGAAUAAUUCCGGGACAGUUAAGGUUUCAGCCAUGAUUCGUUUGUCAUUUUCCAUUGGUGAUUAUCAUGGAGAGGUGGAUUGUGAUAUUGUCCCCAUGCAAGCAUGCCAUUUGCUGCUUGGUCGGCCCUGGCAAUUUGAUGUGGACUCAGUGCAUUUUGGACGGUCUAACAAAUACACUUUCAUUCACAAUGACAAGAAGGUGGUUCUUGUUUUAUUAUCUCCAGAGGAGAUACAUACUUCAGAUAUGGCUCGCAAGAAAAGAGAGGAAUCAGACAAAAGAAAAUUGAGUGAGACCCCCAACCCAAGUAAGGGAGAGAUCCCAAAGAAAGAUGGCUCUUGGCGCAUGUGUGUUGAUUGUCGUGCUAUCAAUGCUAUAACUGUUCGAUAUCGCCAUCCCAUUCCACGACUUGAUGACAUGUUAGAUGAAUUGAGUGGUUCUAUCAUUUUCACCAAAAUAGAUUUGCGUAGUGGUUAUCAUCAAAUCCGCAUGAAACUUGGUGAUGAAUGGAAAACAGCGUUUAAAACUAAAUUUGGUCUCUAUGAAUGGCUUGUGAUGCCAUUUGGCUUGACAAAUGCUCCUUCAACUUUUAUGCGCUUAAUGAAUCAUGUUUUACGAGCUUUCAUUGGCAAGUUUGUUGUUGUUUAUUUUGAUGAUAUUCUGAUCUAUAGCAAAUCAUUUGAUGAACAUCUUGAUCAUAUCCAUCAAGUACUUGCUGUUUUGAGGGAAGAGAAAUUGUAUGGCAACAUUGCUAAGUGCACCUUUUGCACAGACCGUGUUGUUUUCCUUGGCUUUGUUGUUUCCGCAGAUGGUAUUCAGGUUGAUGAAGAGAAGGUUAAAGCAAUAAAGGAUUGGCCUACACCGGUAAAUGUGAGCCAAAAGGAUGUUCCAUUCAAGUGGGGAGAUGAACAAGACCAAGCCUUCAAUGAGCUGAAAACAAAGCUUUGUGAAGCACCGCUGCUACAACUUCCUGAUUUUGGUAAGACAUUUGAGAUCGAAUGUGAUGCAAGUGGUAUUGGCAUAGGAGGUGUACUGCUGCAAGAAGGUAAACCUGUUGCCUACUUUUCUGAAAAGCUAAAUGGUCCACAUCUGAAUUACUCGGUUUAUGACAAAGAGCUUUAUGCCUUAGUUCGUGUUUUGGAAGUUUGGCAACAUUACUUAUUACCUAAAGAAUUUGUAAUCCAUUCUGAUCAUGAAGCUUUGAAAUAUCUUAAAAGUCAAGGCAAGCUGAACCGUCGACAUGCUAAAUGGAUUGAGUUCAUUGAAACGUUUCCCUAUGUUGUCAAACAUAAGCGUGAAGCACAUGCAGGUGGACUAGCUGUCCAUUCUACAACAAACUCUUGUCCAUUUGAAAUUGUUUAUGGGUUUAAACCGCAUACUCCCAUGGAUCUUUUGCCUUUACCAUUACAGGAACAAGUUAACUUGGAUGCCACAAAAAGAUCAGACUUUAUCAAGCGGUUACAUGCGGAGACAAGAAAGAAUAUUGAGAAGAAAUCAGCACAAUAUGCAAAGCAAGCAAACAAAGGUAAGAAGAAGGUUACAUUUCAGCCAGGAGAUCUUGUAUGGUUGCAUCUACGAAAGGAUCGCUUUCCCCAACAGCGUAAGAGUAAGUUAUCUCCUCGGGGUGAUGGUCCGUUCAAGGUUCUCCAAAAGAUAAAUGAUAAUGCUUACAAAAUU